CUUAUAUGUAGAGUUAAUGUGUGCCCCGGACCCUUAUAACUUUGGUACUAAUCUUCCAUACGAGUGAGUACUGAGUCGGUACAAUAUGCCGAGAAAGACCAGCAUGGAUGGUGCACUAGAAUCGAUUUUUGUUCUGAGAGCAUGGCUUGUCGUUUUUGUGGUGAUUGGUAUUCUUGGCAACUGGAAACUAGCUAAAGGAGACAAUAAUCCUGGAUUCAUAAGCAUUGAUUGCGGGGCAGAUAGCGAUUAUGUGGAUGAAAGCACUGGUAUAUUUUACAAGUCAGAUACAAGUUUUAUAGAUACUGGGACAAAUAACGAUAUAUCCGCUGAGUACUACAAUUCACAACUUGUUUAUGCACGGCAAACGAAUACUCUGAGAAGCUUUCCGCAAGGAACAAAGAAUUGUUACACCUUGAAACCUAAACAAGGCAAAAACAGCAAUUAUCUCAUCAGGGCUUUCUUUCAAUAUGGAAAUUACGACAGCAAGAAUCAAAUUCCGAAAUUCGACGUAUAUGUUGGGGUAAAUUAUUGGUUGUCAGUGGUAUUAAAUGGUUCAUCUAACCUAGCAUACCCAGAUUUCAUCCAUGUUCCCUCUUCUGACACCAUAUUGGUCUGUCUGAUAAACACGGGGUCUGGAAUACCCUUCAUUUCCGCCUUGGAAAUACGUCCAUUAAGCAAGUCCAUGUAUCCGAUUGACUCCGGAGCACAAUAUAAUUCAUGGCGAUAUGACAUGGGUACCUUAAGUGAUGGAGAAUUUGUCAGGUACAAGGAAGAUGUUUAUGAUCGCCUCUGGUAUAGUUAUGGUACACUUAAUUAUAGCUCGGUGCGAAUCAAUAACUCCUCAGUUAUUGACGUGCACGACAGCAAUGAUGGUUAUAAACUACCAGUACAGGGGUUAAGAACCGCAGUCCAAGCCAGUGGAGCUUACAAUAAUACCUUGAGUUAUCCCUUUUCUGGAAUCUCUAAUAGUAGAAGGUAUGUUUGCUUUCACUUCGCUGAAAUUGCUGAACUUACGCAAGGCAAGAAAAGAGAAUUCAUUAUUUCUGUGAAUCGGGGGGACUAUACCUCUAAACCGAUAACUCUUGAAUACUUAACGCCUUUGUCCAUAUGUCCAAAUCGAACAUUCGAAUCGCCGUUUCAUUUUUCUAUUGAUGCAACAAUGGAGUCCGACCUUCCUCCUAUCCUAAACGCGUUUGAGCUUUACAGAGUAGCUUCUCUCCCAUUUAAACCAACUGACCACGGAGACGUUACUGCAAUCAUGGACAUCAAACGAACGUUCAGGGUCUCUAGAGACGAUUGGCAAGGAGACCCAUGUGUUCCACAUAAAUAUUCAUGGAAUGGUUUAACUUGCAGUUCAGAUAAUACUCCAAGGAUCAUUACACUGAAUUUGAGUUCAAGCAACUUGACAGGGAAGAUAGUGACUUCAUUCUCCAACCUCACAGCACUGCAGUACUUGGAUUUAUCAUACAAUAGCUUGGAUGGGAGCGUACCAGAAUUUUUAGCUCAACUACCAAAUUUGAAGACCCUUAAUUUAAGUGGUAACCAGCUGAAAGGUACAGUUCCAGAGGCUCUUAUACAGAAGUCCAGAAAUGGAUUAUUGGUCUUGGGUCUUGGCGAAAAUUCAGAUCUUUGUUACCCAGUUCCAUGUAAGAAGAAGGAGAAGAAGAAGAUAAAGGGGCUGAUUGUUUCACUUGCUGCUACGUCCCUAGUAGUCCUGGUCCUUCUUCUCAUUUUUUGUGCUCUGGCUAUCUACAAAAGGAAAAGACGAGUAAAGGUGUUUACAGAAUCCAACAUCAAAUUGAAGAAUAGCAAGAUGGCUGUGGAAUCCAACAUCAAACCGAAGAAUCAACAAUAUAGCUACUCUGAGGUUGUGAGAAUAACUGAUAACUUCAAUACCAUUAUUGGAGGAGGAGGAUUUGGAAAAGUUUACUUGGGAACUCUGGAAGAAACUCAAGUUGCUGUUAAGUUGCUUUCUCCAUCAUCGAACCAAGGCUAUAAGGAAUUUCGGGCAGAGGCAGAAAUCUUAGUGAGAGUUCAUCAUAGAAACUUGGUCUCUCUCGUCGGGUACUGUGAUGAGGGUGAAAACAAAGCGCUCAUCUAUGAGUACAUGGCUAAUGGCAACCUACACCAACAUUUAUCAGGUACCAAUAUGAAUGUCCUGAACUGGAAUCAGAGAAUUCAAAUUGCGGUGGAUAUAGCACAAGGGUUGGAGUAUCUGCAUAAUGGUUGCAAGCCAACUAUCGUUCACAGAGAUUUAAAGACUACCAAUAUCUUAUUAAAUGAAAAUAUGGAAGGAAAGAUAGCUGAUUUUGGGUUGUCAAGGAUUUUCGCAGCAGAAAGUGAUUCUCAUGUGUCAACUCGUCCUGCUGGAACACUUGGAUACCUUGAUCCUGAGUUUCAUGCAUCUGGAAACUUUAACAAAAAAAGUGAUGUUUAUAGCUAUGGUAUUGUCCUCUUUGAGCUAAUUACAGGCCACCCAGCAAUAAUAAAAGGACCUGAAAAAAACACCCACAUACUUGACUGGGUUUAUCCUAUAAUUGAAAGUGGGGAUAUUCAAAACAUUAUUGAUGCAAGGUUACAUGGAGAAUUCCACAAAAAUUCUGCCUGGAAAGCUGUGGAGAUAGCCAUGUCAUGUGUACCACCUGUGGCAAUCCAAAGGCCGGACAUGAGUCAAGUAUUGGUAGAAAUAAAGGAAUGUUUGACUCUGGAGAUGGCUUAUGAAAGAGUCCAAAAUAAGACAACUUCAAACAGUCAACUUGUAGCGGCCUCUUUAGAGCUUGAAUCAGAUAUUGCUGCCCUUGCUAGGUAGUUAGGUUUGUUUGCAGUCAGAAUUUCCUUCCAUGCAAUAUGUUCUAGGCCAAAUAUCUAGUAUUAAUUACAUUAGUUUUAAAAAAAUUUCUGAUAUACUUAUUUCAUGUUUGGAUCACUUUUUCAAUUAGGUUCGAGUGGGACGUACUUCUAUAGCUUUUAAUACACAAUUUUUAUUGUGAAUGAAUUUAUUUUUGAUGAUGGAUUGAUGGGUGAGUACCAUCUACCAUGAAAUAUGUAUGCAAAAUGCAUUAGAG